AUGCGUGAACGUGACAGACGCGAUAGGGAGAGGGAUAGAGAUAGAAGCGAUCGGGACAGAAACCGCGACCGGGAGCGUGAUCGCUACCGUUCCAAAUCCCCAGAUUCAUCCCGCAGCCGGCAUGUCGGUUCCAAGUCCAAGAAGAAAAAAUCAAAGAAAGCCAAAUAUUACCGGCGCAGUCGGAGCACGAGCUCUUCAAGGAGCACAACACCAGACAGCUCCGACUCCAAUAGUCGCCACAGCCGGCGCAGCAGGAGUCGGGACUAUGAUACACGAAAGUCAAAGUCGCGUUCAAUUUCACAACGCACCACUCGAGCUCCCAGCCCUGAAAGUAAUACUCGGACACCCUCAACAACUUUAUCUAACACUUCCGUCGUAAAAUCUAUUGAUUUACUGGAUAUUAAAGUGCAAAAGGCACUCGAAACCAUUGAUGAGGAUUCCUUUCAGCCGACAGCUUUCUUUAGUAUGCGGGAUCGAGAAGCUCCUGAGCAGGAUAAAGUAAUCAUCGAUCUGGAAAAUGAAACAGUUACGAUUCCACGGCCCAAUGAAACUGCACCUCUCAAGGAGGAGGACGUUUUUCAUCCAAAUUUUCUCUGCGAUCCAGAACUGAAGGCGGAGAAGUGGUUGCGCAAACUCUACAAUUACCGCCAAAAGUAUAUCAAGGAAUAAUUGCUUUCGAUUUAACAAUAAAAUCUUAUGUCUAGAAUA